AUCAUGUCUGGGAAUGGGUUCGCCCCCGAGUUGAAAGUUCAAGGUGUUGAGGAAUCUGCCCGAGACCCAAAUUCCUCCACUACCGCCAAUGAUGCACAGCGCAAAAUCGUUCAGGAAAGCCAGAAGGCUGGUGUUGCAGCUUUUACCUUUGACCCAGAUGCGACUCCUGAGCAAAAAGCGGCCCAGGCGAGAGCUCGUGUGCCAGAGGGCUUCCACCAUGAACACAAAUCCAAGGGUAUUGCCAUUCCCACAGAUAUAGAUGAUGGCAAACCUGGGGCGUACAAUCUCCCUUCACCCUCGACUGCAGGAGCCAUGGCAGCACCCAAAGCGGCGUCGAAAGACAGCGCGGGAAAGCCUACAGCAAAUGGACAAAUUGAUGCAGACGACGAGGAUAGAUGGAUUGAGAGGACUGGAUGGGCACCCAGGUUUGGCUCCGGCCCGGAGUCAAUAGAGGGUGAGAGUUUAGCAGACCACCAAACAUGGGUAGAAGGCAAACUUGAAGACAAGUUCUUUGGAGACUGGUAUCAUAACACGGCGGUCAUUAUAUUCGCAUGUCUAGCCUCGUGGCUUGUGGCAACAUUAGGAGGUGGCCUUGCCUGGCUAUUCCUCAUUAUGGCAACCUGUGGCACAUAUUAUCGAACCUCGAUCCGUCGAGUAAGACGAAACUUUCGAGACGACGUCAACCGGGAACUUUCCAAACACAAGCUAGAGACGGAUACAGAGAGUUUGGAAUGGAUCAAUAGUUUCAUGCUCAAGUUUUGGCCCAUUUUCCAGCCAGUCCUUGCUGAAACUAUCAUCAACUCAGUCGACCAAGUCCUUAGUACGUCUACACCGGCUUUCUUGGAUAGUCUUCGCAUGAAGACCUUUACCCUUGGAUCUAAGCCUCCCCGAAUGGAGCACGUGAAAACCUACCCCAAGGCUGAAGACGAUGUUGUUCUGAUGGACUGGAAAUUCAGUUUCACCCCAACAGAUCAAUCUGACAUGACUUCUCGCCAAAUAAGCAACAAGGUUAACCCGAAAGUUGUUCUUGAAAUCAGAAUUGGCAAAGCCAUGAUCAGCAAGGGUUUGGAUGUGAUUGUGGAAGAUAUGGCUUUUUCUGGUCUCAUGCAGGUCAGAAUCAAGCUCCAGAUACCAUUCCCCCACAUCGAAAAAGUAGAGAUCUGCUUCUUGGAAAAGCCUCACAUCGAUUAUGUCUGCAAACCCCUUGGAGGCGAUACCUUAGGCUUUGAUAUCAAUUUUAUUCCUGGUCUGGAGACCUUCAUCCUGGACCAAAUCCAUGCGAACAUAGGUCCUAUCAUGUAUGCCCCGAAUGUCUUCCCAAUUGAGGUGGCCAAGAUGCUCUCGGGCUCUGCAGUCGACCAAGCAAUUGGUGUUAUGGCUGUAACACUUCACGGUGCACAGGGCCUCAAAAAUCCAGACAAAUUUGCUGGUACUCCUGACCCGUACACUGUGCUAUCGUUCAAUAACGGAACUGCUCUGGCGCAGACGAAGAUCAUCAAAGAGAAUGCGAAUCCUAGAUGGAACGAGACGAUGUAUGUUAUCGUCACAUCGUUUAACGAUGUUCUCACAUUACAAAUCUUCGACUACAAUGAGUAUCGAAAGGACAAGGAGUUGGGUACCGCAACUUUUCCAUUGGAAAGAGUGCAAGAGCUCACGGAGUAUGAAAAUGAGCAGCUUGAGGUUAUGGCCAAUGGCAAGGCUCGUGGAGUUAUCUCGUCUGAUAUUCGCUUUUUCCCCGUUCUCGAGGGUGGGGACCUCCCAGAUGGUAAGAAAGAACCUCCGCCAGAGUCCAAUACCGGAAUUGCACGAAUCACUGUCGAGCAGGCCAAAGACCUGGAUGGCACCAAGAGUCUUAUCGGACAGCUCAGUCCUUACGCCGUUCUACUGCUCAACAAUAAGGAGAUUCACGUCACCAGAAAGCUGAAGAGAACUAACAAUCCAAUCUGGGACAAUGGCUCCAAGGAAGUGCUCAUCACUGAUCGCAAGACUGCCAGGCUCGGUCUUGUAAUCAAAGACGAUAGGGACAUCUCUGCAGACCCCAUCCUCGGCACUUAUCAAGUCAAGCUCGAUGAUAUGCUACGGCUAAUGGAAGAGGGCAAGGAGUGGUACAAUCUCGCCAGUGCGCAAAGCGGACGGGUGAAAAUGACCCUUCAAUGGAAGCCAGUCGCCUUAACUGGUAUUGGUUCUGGGACUGGCGGUUAUGUAACGCCAAUCGGUGUGAUGAGAUUCCAUUUCAAGAAUGCCCAAAAUCUUCGAAAUCUCGAAACACUUGGCAAAUCUGAUCCCUAUGUCCGCGUACUACUCUCGGGCAUCGAAAAGGGCCGUACAGUCACGUUUCAGAAUAAUCUCAAUCCUGACUGGGAUGAAGUUAUUUAUGUGCCGGUCCACAGCACUCGUGAGAAAUUGACACUCGAGGUCAUGGAUCAAGAGACUAUCAAUAGCGAUCGGAGUCUGGGUUCGGUAGAGGUCAUUGCGGCGGACUACAUAUCGCAGGCCGAGAACGGCGAGUAUCUUGUUCAUGACACCAAGACCCUUCUAACAGCUGGGCUUCGUAUGCAUGGAAAGGGUUCACCGAAGGGUACCCUCAACUAUACAGCCUCGUUCUACCCUCUCUUAAACAUCGCAGAUCCAGAGGAGGACGAAGAAGAAGAAGCAGCUGAGACGAAAAAGUCAUCCGAGAGAGGGCGCAUAUCUGUCGAGUCGAAUAAGUCUUCUGAUACCAAAGAUGCUGUCGUAACAGCAAAUGAUAAGAUCAACGGUUCUGCCGAAGUUGAUGCAUCACUUGCCAAAACCCUAGCGGAGGGCGAAAAGGAGCAAGAAGAGACAAAAGACACAGAAGAGAAGAAAUUAGCUAAGAUCCGACUCAGCCCAGAGGAGCUCAUGAAAUAUGAGUCCGGUCUCAUUAUUUUCAAGAUUCUCGAUGUCGACCUUACCCACAGUAAUGUUCAUGUUGAGGUGGUGAUCGACGAUAUGGCCUUCCCCUCAUAUUCUUCAUCGACAGUCCGAAGUAAGAAAACAAGUGUGGAUGAAAUUGGGGAUUGUUUCGUCCGAGAGCUUGAGUUCUCGAAGAUCACACUACGCAUUCGAGAAAAGGGAGCAAGCAAGGGUGAUGAGAAAAAGGAUAAUACCCUUGCCAAAUUGACUGGAAACACCAUGGAUACUCUCAAGCAAUGCCUGAACAAUCCUACUAUUCUCAAACUCAAGGAUGAUGAAGGCCGGACAAACAGUGUCAAGGUCAGCCUGAAGUAUAUCCCUGUCAAGAUGACACUCGACCCGAGUGAAAGUAUCAACAAUAUGGGCAAACUUCGAGUUGAUGUUCUUGAUGCUUCAGACCUUCCAUCCGCAGACCGAAAUGGUUAUAGUGAUCCUUACUGCAAAUUCGAACUAAAUGGCAAAGAGGUGUUCAAGACCAAAGUUCAGAAAAAGACGCUACAGCCUGCGUGGAACGAAUUCUUCGAAUUGGACAUUGCUUCGAGAACAGCUGCGAAGUUCGUUUGCAGAGUCUACGAUUGGGAUUUUGGCGAUAAGGCAGACUUCCUGGGUGCAGCAGACAUAAAUCUCGAUCUACUCGACCCUUUCAGAGCUCAUGAAUAUAACUUAGUUCUAGACGGUAAAUCUGGAUCUGUGAGAUUGCGACUUCUUUUCAGACCAGACUAUGUCACGCGUUCUCGCCAAGGAUCGUCAACAUUUUCAGGCACCUUUGCAACUCCUGGCAAAAUUGUCACUGGUGUUGCAGGUGCGCCAAUAAAAGGAGUUGGUUUUGCGGCUCAUGGUGUUGGUAAAGGUGCCUCUUUCAUCAGACACGGGUUUAAAUCUAAGAAGAAGGGUGAGGGAGAGACAAAUGGUUCCGAAAUGGAAGCAGAAGAUAACGAUUACGCCGCUGGGGGAAGUUUCAGUGCUCCAAGACGAGCCAGUGGGCUUCCCACGUCCGAUAUCCCACCUCCCAUCACACCUCCAGGAUCCUCUCUCGGAACUCCUCACACUCGGACAAAAAGCUUUGGGGCAUCUUCAAUGCACAGCACCGCGUUUGGGACACCAGGCGCAUCAACUGGAACUGCUGCCUUUACCAUCCUCUCUGCUUCCGGCUAUCCUCCAUCCUCCGCCGUAAUGGUCUACAUAAAGCAACUCGGCCCCAAGACCAAAAUACUUCACAAGACAGACCACAUCAAAUCACCCUCAGGAACCGUAACAUUCAACGAGAAGAAAGAGAGUUUCAAGUGUGCUUGUUCAGCAGACACGCAAUUCCAGAUACAAGUUAAGGGCCACAACACAUUCGGCAGUGACGAUGAUCUCGGAGAAAGCCUCUUCUUCGUCGACGAGUCUGGUAGUGGUCAGGAGAAGCAGAUUAAGGCCGGCAGCGGCUACAUUGUCGUCAAGAGCAAUUUUAUUCUUGCAGAGCAGAACGGGAUCGACAGUCCGAAAACGGGGUUCCGUAAGAGUCUGCUGAGCAAGAAGGAGAAUGGCAGGACGAGUAGGGACAUUACUCCUACUCCCUCUUGA